AUGUCGUCUACAGAACCUUCACAGAACAAGACCUGGGAAUUAUCCCUUUAUGAAUUGCACCGCACGCCACAGGAGGUGAUAACAGAUGCCACAGAAAUAGCGGUAUCCCCGCGUAGCUUGCACAGUGAAUUAAUGUGUCCCAUUUGUUUGGAUAUGCUAAAGAAAACUAUGACUACGAAAGAAUGCUUGCAUCGGUUUUGCUCAGACUGUAUUAUCACUGCACUUCGGUCAGGCAAUAAGGAAUGUCCAACGUGUAGAAAAAAACUGGUAUCUAAAAGAUCACUUAGGCCCGAUCCAAACUUUGAUUUACUUAUAUCCAAGAUUUAUCCUAGCAGAGACGAAUAUGAAGCUCACCAAGAGCGUGUGUUGGCUAAAAUAAAUAUGUCCCAUUCCCAAGCUUCUUUAGUGAACUCUAUAACCGAAGGUAUAAAGUUACAAUCACAGAACAGGCCACAAAGAGCUCGCAAAAAUCACGAGGACAACAGCAACGCUUCCAACUCAAACAAUAAUACGGAGCCCCCACAAAAUGGGAGCAGUAGCUCGGUACCUAAAGACAGUACGUCAUCAGCGGCAAAUCCUACCACACCCGGCCAAUCUACGUCGAACCCAGCAUCCGUACGAAGUACUCCAUCUCCCGUGCCAUCAAACAUUAGUUCUGUUUCAAAAAACACCAGCACAACUAAACGAGCUAAAUCCAUAUUGACAUCGGAACGAAGUGAAGGAAGUGAAUCAAGUGACAGCAGGACUGAAGGCGAAAACUCAAUGGACACAGAAGGUGAAAGUGAACCUUUGAAUCCUAAUGAGAUAGAGCUCGUGUUUAAACCACAUCCCACAGAGAUGACUGGAGAUAACCAACUGAUGAGAGCUCUCAGGGAUAGUUCAGUGAGAUAUUUGAAAACUACGGCUAAUGCUUCAGUGGAUCAUCUCAGCAAGUAUCUUGCUAUGCGGUUAACGUUGGACCUGGAUGCCGAACUACCAGAGACUUAUCGCCUCUUGAACUUCUGCAUAUAUGUGGCACCAUCUCCGGGACAGUUUGUGCCACUGGCCGGCUCACAGACGUUGAGGCAGAUUAAUGAUAAAUUUUGGAAGACUUUACUGAUUAAUGCAUUCCCAAAAGAGGGUUUGAUGUCAGGCAGGCGGCCGGUCGUAAAAACAAUUAGCCAAAACUAUUCACAACAUGUAAGGGAGACCCUGGCUAUAGCCUGGAAAUUGCCAGGUGAACAAACCUCUUGA